CCAGCAGCGUCAUAAUAAAACAUUUUAACGGAGUAUAAUAUACCUAAUCGGUGUAAAACAAUAUAUAUAUAUAUCAUGGUGGGGGCGAGGGAGGUGAGCGUAAAGCCCGAGACGCCGCCGGCCUGCCGCCACGGCCGCCGUUGAGGUCAGUCACGGUUUGGCGUUAUGAAUGCAUGCACGGCGAACGCCUCAGCACCGCCGCCGCUGUCGCCGUAUCGUCGCCGUCGUUGUUAUAACAGUCGGUUCCGUCUUCGGCCGUCGACAUCGCCGCUGCGACGGAUCAACGGUAAGCGACCGUGCAGGUUGGCGUAUAGGCAUUGUGGACGCUGGCCACAGCGAUGGCCACGAACGGCGGAGGGCUGAACGUACCGUACGCCGUUCUCGAGGGCCUGGUGGCCGUCGGGGCGACUGUCGGAAACGGGUUGGUUAUCGUGGCCUUUCGGCGGGAACGACGACUCCGCCGGCGCACCAACUAUUAUAUCGUGUCGUUAGCGGUCGCCGACCUGUUGGUCGGUCUGGUGGGCAUACCGUGCGCCGUGAUGUCUAGCGUCGGUCUACCCCGUCAUCUGCACCUGUGCAUGUUCUCGGUGUCGCUAAUAAUCGUCCUGUGCACCAUAUCCAUACUCAGCCUAGUGGCCGUGUCCGCCGACCGUUACUGGGCCAUACUCUACCCGAUGGCCUACUCUACGAACUCGAACACCAAAAUCGCAAUCAGUAUAAUAUGUAUUUGCUGGAUAAUGGGUCUGCUGAUAGGCUUCUUGCCACUAAUGGGCUGGAGAGCCGCCAAAGGUCCAUCAUUGGACGCAUGCGAGUUCAGUCUCGUGAUGGAUUAUAGUUACUUGGUGUUUUUAUACUUCGCGACUAUUAUUUUACCUGCGCUAUUUAUGGCCACCUCCUAUGCUCAUAUUUAUACGGUCGUAAUAAAACAAAUCAAACAAAUGACGCUGCUGAACGGCGGCCAACGCGGCGGCAACAGUCCGACGAAACUGCGUGUACUGGGCGCGGCCCGGAAAAGCGAGGUGAAGGCCACGCAGAACCUAUCGAUAAUCGUCGCGUUCUUCGCCGUCUGCUGGAUGCCACUGUACACCAUCAACUGCGUACAAGCGUUCUGCGACGAUUGCCCCGUGCCCGCGUCCCUCAUGCACGGCUGCAUCGUACUAUCACAUCUCAACUCGGCCGGCAACCCGUUGCUGUACGCGUACCACCUGAAGGACUUCCGGAACGCGUUCAAGUCUCUGCUGCUGUGCAAGAAGAGCUCGCGGCACCGGAACCCCGCGCAGUCGCGAUCCGGAUGUACUACCGUCGCUGCCGUGACCGGCGGUGGUUGUGGUACCGGAACCGGUGUCAACGGUACCGAUUGUUCUGUCAGCUCGUCGCUGACGUGUUCGGGCGGUUCGUCCCGGUCGACCAUCGUCGAAUGUUGGCGCCGAUCCGCCAAGAAUGCCAAAUCUAUCGCCGACACAGCAUCGUGUGUAGGAGACACGCGAUCCCCCGCCGAACAGGACCACCGCGAGAUUGUCGCGAUUGUAAUCGACCCGUCCGUGCCCGUGUUGCUGUCUGUCCGUCAGCUCGUUGAAUGAAAACCACUCAGCGCUCGCAUAUAACAAUAAUAUGACUACAGAUUUAGGCACAGUAUACCUAUAUAUUGUAUCGUUAUCGUUAUAUAUUAAUAUUAUUACGCUGCCGACAAAAACGUAUUCAUUGUUAUCUUAUUUAUUAAUAUGUAAAUAAAGCAAUGUAGGGAUCUUCGCGUGCUUCAUCUCAGAUGACUUGGUUACUGGUUUAUUUCUGGUACUUUUAGUAACCUUAACCGUGUAUGUGCAUGAACACACACAUGUAUAAUUUACAUAAUAUUAUGCUAUUCAUAAAUUUUAAUGAGUAAAACUUACGUAUUAUCUACUGGUAUACGUCAUUAAACAGGAAUACGGUUUUACAUUAAAAACUGAUGAAAAAAUAUACAAGCUAAUAUUGUGAUGAUAAACUAUAGUCCCGACAGAAAAGUGAUGUACUGUAUAAAUGCGUAUAUAUAGCUAAUACCAUACUCGUAUUGGUCAGUACGUUUUGAAAGUUCAGUAUAAUUAUAUAGGUAUUAUUUAAUUAUAAACUAUUCAAAAAUGCGCUUGAAAAAUAUUUGUGUAAUUUAUAACGUUUCAAUUUGUCGACCACUCCCGGAAACUUUGCUUUUGAUCUGCAUUUUUGGACCUUACUGCAACGAUAUGAAAACGACUUUUUAUUUAAAUAGAUAAAUAACAAUUACGUCUCCUGAUUGUACAUAAAUAGUAUAUUUAAAUAUAUCGAGCGUUUACAUACGCAAACUAUAUUUUAUUAAUAAAAAUCAGUUUGAAACAUAAGUACCAUUGAAUAGUACGUGCCUACUUUAAUAUGCCUAGUCUAAUAAUAAAUUAUGUUUAGGGUUAAAAUUGUAUUUGCUUAGAAACAUUAUAUACAUUUUUGAUUGGAAUAAUUUUACAGUAAACAAAAUAUUAAUGUGUAUUGUUAAUUAUAUGUUAUGAAUAUUAUUAUACUACUAUCUCCAAUAGUAAUCAAAAAUGCUAUAACUUAGCUUUUUCAUUCUCAUAGGUACUUUAUUCCCCUACUAAAUUUUAAUUAAAAACUCAACCCCAGCUCUUAAAACCAAUAUCAAACAAAUUUUGUAAUUAUUCGUAACACUACUAUAAGAAAAACAUAUAUUUGUUCCCCUAGCUUGUUUUAAGUAACUUUUACCAUUGAAUACAUAAGUAACUAUAUAUUUCUCUAUUGUUAUAAUAAAUAUUAAAUACCCAAGUAAAAAUA